ACAUUCGGCGAUUUCAGAGCAGCCGUUUGCACACAAUGGGCGUCCGCCAUUUCGCAGAUCUUCGCUUUAUUUGCGAUUGCGUGCUGUGUUAGCUGUGUCGCAAAUUUGCGUUGUUUCAGGAGCUCACAUUUUCUGAAAAAUGGGCAGGUCACGAAGCCGAAGUAAGAGCAGAUCUCCUAAACACAGGCAUAAGAACAAGCGGCCCAGGAAACGCUCCCAUUCUAGGGGACGGAGCCGAGACAACACCAAUAGGGCUGGGGCGGCGAAAAUCAACAACGACCGAAGGCCGAGGCGGCGGUCAUCUUCGGGGUCAAGCAGCAGCAGCGAUGAUAUCGACGGCCUGCUGGACUCCGCGAGGCGGAGAGUCAAGAGGGUCGGCGAGGUGGACCGUCUCUCCGAAGUGGAAAGGCAGCGGCGGCAGAAAGAGGUGGAUUCGAAGAAGGCAGAAGACGACAUGCACCGUCGCAUCGAAGAGGCCGUGGCAAUGCGCGUGCAGGAGGAGAUGGAGCGCCGCAAGGAAGCCAUGGAAACGGAAGUGCGGCGGCGCGUGGAGGAGGCGCGCCACCACAUGGAAAAGCAGCUGAUGCAGGAAAUCGAGCAGCGCCGGUCCCAGAUGAUGGCUGAGCACAAGCUCAAGGAGGAGGAGGAAAGGAAGCGCCUCCAAGAGCUGGAGCGCACUUUGGAAGAGAACAGCAGGAAGCUGGAGGAAGCCCAACGGAAGUUGGCUGAGGAGAGGCUGGCGAUGGUGGAAGAGCGCAGACGUCUUGACGAGGCUCGCCGCAAGCUCGAGCAAGAGCAAGAGAAGAAAAUGCGGCAGGACCAGCAAGUGAUCCUGAACAAGGGCAAGGUGCGGCCCAAGCUCUCGUUCUCCCUCAAGCCGGUUUGAGGAUGGCCUGUGACGCUAGUUGCUCUCCUCUCAUCACUAUGGCCGGACGCAGAGGCACCAGUUGCUAGCAGCAGACUGGGCAAGUUGCUCGUGUGUGACAAGUGCUGAACAAGCGUUGUUCGUUACGACUGUAGACGCACAGACGGGACGACAAACUUCUGACAAAGUGCGUUUGAGAGACCUGACGAAAGGGCUGUUCCAACGUUGGCGCCCGGGACAAUUCUUUGUGGUCUUGAGAAACUGAAAUUUAUUUUCUGAGAGUGAAUGCUUCUUUUUAUGUGUUGCUUUAAUGAUAAAAGCAGCUGUUUAACAUUUUUUUUCUGCUUGGAGCAUGUUUAGUUACAGAUCAUUGCAUGACACUGUGUUGAACUGUACAACCUUUCUUCUGGGGAUGUGGAGGAGCUUCAGAGAAAAGGUCGACAGACAUUUUCAUGAAGGCUUUGCCUCAUGUAUUUCAACGGUCUUUCGAGAACAGUAUAGUAUGCUUACUAACACCUGGGGGACACCGGAGGUUCGUUGUCAUGUAAAGUUGACAAUAGCUUAACAAAGCAUUGCAUUACGGAAGUGCAUUUGUGGCGAAACAUUGAGCUAAUACAAUAUCUUUUCAGCAUUCUGGCUAUUGUUUCUCUUAAAGGCCAACAUACACUUAGUGCUUCAAACUUUUGCUCGUUUCCUCCUUUUCAUAUCCUCUCGACCCUCUGCUGGAAGGGAAGAGGAAAAUCUUCCCUGCUUAAAAUCGAGGUUGGACAUCAAUCUUAAAGUUGGCAAUCUUUUUUUUUCUUUCAUUGGGAAUUGGGAAGAUUAGGUGCAGAUUUGGAAGCAGUUGAUAGUUCCUUUUGUAUGCACCUGGAAUUGUCGAUUUUAGUUUUGUAUCUCUGUCAUGCAUGUGGCAUCUGUUUUUGGUGUUGGUGUGUUACUACCAAAUAAUCCUUUUGUUAUUGGAAAUGAGUCAUGCUUGGUGAAAUGUUGCAUUUGUGCUUUCUAGGUCGUUUGCUAUGUGAAAUGAGGCUUUCUCCACGAAAUAUUUGCAUUUUAAAUCUCUAAAAAAAUUUGCUAGUAUUGUAGCUGACUGCAUUCUCAAAUUGAACUGUGGUUUUAAGAGAGAGAAUUAUGCGGCACAUCUCUGUAUGAUAUUCCUAUUCUUGGCAGUGGCACAGCAAGUGUUGCCAGGCUGUAGAAAAGCAUAAUUUAUUCUUUUUCUUCAAUGCAUUUGCAGUGCCCUUUUAGCAAGGGAAUAUUUUUCCAAUCAGGCUUGCAAACAUAAAUCAGACGGUUGUUUCUGAUGAUGCUUGCUGUGCUCCCUGAAAAUAUUUGUAUGAAUGGGUGUCAGGGUUUGUUAGAUUGCAAAUGCCAUAAAAGUUUAUGCAUGCUAAGGAGGUUCAGUAAUGUCAGAAUUGGCCAAGAGCAAUCUAAGAGCAAUGUAAAAAACUUCCGGAUUGACAUUUAUGUACAUGGUUCAGCUGCCCGCUUGACUGAUGGCCUCCCUUGUUACUUGGCUCGUUUGUUUUUGUCCCUGAUCUCCAACUUUUACUAGGUAAGUACAUUUACUAAAAUUGUGUAACCCAAGUUAUUAAUUUUUUGUUUUCAAUUGUCAGAACCAAUAAAAUUGUCAUUCUUGCACUGAA